UUGACUCGUCUGGCUUUCUGAUCCUCCUGUCCAAUGUCUCUCCCUCGUUCCGUCCUCUUAAUUGUGGGGCUUCUUCUUGCUUUCAGCAGUACCUCCCAAGCUCAAGUUGAACGUGGCAAUGAUUUGGCCGCCAUCAAAUUGGAUCCGAGCCUCAAGUUCGAGAACCCGAGGCUCAGGGAAGCCUACAUUGCCCUGCAAGCAUGGAAACAGGCCAUCUUGUCCGACCCAUUCAACUUCACUGCCAACUGGCACGGCCCCAAUGUCUGCUCCUACAAGGGUGUUUUCUGCGCUCCCUCUCCAUCCAAUUCUUCCCUCCGAGUGGUAGCUGGCAUUGAUCUUAAUCGUGCCGACAUCGCUGGAUACUUGCCUCUGGAGCUUGGCCUGCUAAGACAUCUCGCUCUAUUCCACCUCAACUCCAACCGCUUCUGUGGUAGCGUGCCCUCCACCUUCCGUCACAUGAAGCUGCUGCGAGAGCUUGACCUCAGCAACAACCGCUUUGCCAGCCAGUUCCCAGAGGUGGUUCUGAGGUUGCCGUCCCUCAAGUACUUGGAUCUCCGAUUCAAUGAAUUCGAGGGCAGCGUGCCCUUCAUGCUCUUUGACAAAGAUCUGGAUGCCAUCUUCCUCAACAACAACAGGUUCCGAUUUGGCAUCCCACAGAACCUCGGCAAGUCGCCAGUGUCAGUGCUGGUGUUAGCGAACAAUGACCUUGGGGGAUGCAUUCCCAGUAGCAUUGGGGAGAUGGGGAAGACCCUGAAUGAGAUCAUCCUGAUGAAUGACAACCUCAUAGGGUGCCUUCCUCCACGGGUGGGAUUGCUCAAGCAACUCACCGUCUUUGACGUGAGCUUCAACCGCCUCCAAGGACCACUCCCCUCUGGCAUUGGGGCUAUGAAGAAGCUGGAGCAGCUCAAUGUCGCCCACAAUGGCUUCACUGGGGUCAUACCAAGCAGCGUGUGCCGGCUGCCCAUGCUGCAAAAUUUCACCUACUCUUUCAACUAUUUCACUGGGGAAGCCCCAACUUGUUCUAGUGCUCGAAUUAGAACACUAGAUCGACGUCAAAAUUGCUUUUUUAGAAAGACGGACCAGAGAUCUUCAAGAGAGUGCUCCUCUGCGUCUGCACGCCCUGUGAAGUGCAGCCAGCAGAAAUGCUCUGAUCGGUCUGCUUCAUCUCCAGAGUCGAGAAUUAGAAGGCCUCCCCCACCACCACCUGCUCGAUCCCCCUUGCCUCGCCCUCUAAUUGGCCCUUCACCCCAACCCCCAUCCUCAAAGUCUUCUCCUUCCACGAGAUCCCACCAGCCUCCACCACCCCCAACAAAAAAAGUUUCACCUCUUACCCAUCUUCCUCCACCACCACCGUUGCCACUCAUUGUUCCUUCAAAUCCACCUCGUGCUCAGGCUCAGGCUCCACCAUCCUUCACACCACUGCCUCCACCUCCAGUAGAAAAGGUGUCACCGAGCAAACAUAUUUUGCCGCCCCCACCAACAUCAGAGUCUGCGCCUCCUGAAGAGUACUCUCCUCCUCCUCCUCCCCCUCCCUACAAGCACUUAACAACUCCCCCUCCUAACAUACCUCUCCUUGCCCCCUUGCCAAUUCGUGUUACUUAUCCCCCACCACCACCCCCCACAAAACAACAAUACUCACCACCAUCCCCCACACAACACCAGUAUUCAACACUUCCGCCACCACCACAGCACGAGUAUUCAACAGCACCCCUGCCUCCACCUUUGCCAAGACAACAUGAGCAUUUGGCACCACCACCACUUGCUGCAUCAGCUCCUCCACCCAGACCGGCAGAGCAAGAUGCUCCAUCUCCUUCAUCUGGUUGCACCGGUAUUCCCGGAUCAAUGCCCCUUGUACAAUCACCUAGCCCCGGGGCUGUUGCACUAUCAGCAACCUUCACACCACUGCCUCCACCUCCAGCAAAAAAGGUGUCACCGAGCAAACAUCUUGUGCCACCCCCACCAACAUCAGAGUAUGUGCCUCCUGAAGAGUACUCUCCUCCUCCUCCUCCUCCUCCUCCUCCUCCCCCCUACAAGCACUUAACAACUCCCCUUCCUAACACACCUCUCCCUGCCCCCUCGCCAAUUCGGGUUACUUAUCCCCCACCGCCGCCGCCCACACAACACGAGUACUCAACGCCGCCACCGCAAGACAAGUAUUCAACAGCACCCCUGCCUCCACCCUCACCAAGACAACAUGAGCAUUUGGCACCACCACCACUUGCUGCAUCAGCUCCUCCACCCAAACCGUCAGAGCAAGAUACUCCAUCUCCUUCCUCUGGUUGCAUCGACAUUCCAGGAUCAAUGCCCACCGUACAAUCACCUAGCCCCAUGGCUGCUGCACCAUCUUUAGCCCCUCCAGAUCUUUACUAUGCACCUCCUGGUCAGACUCAGCAUGGCCAAGCUCCACCACCCCCCACGCCCUCAUUUGACCUCAAUGCACCUCUUCCACCAAUACCAGGAGUUUCAUUUGCAUCUCCUCCACCGCCUACGAUCCCUUACUACUGA